AUGGGGAACUACAUGGAAACAUGCAUUCAAAGGGAACCAACACAGGAAGAAAAACCACAAGACCCACAACAACAACAAGAGAAACAAGAUAAUGAGAAAACAAGUGAAACUUUUAGCAAAGAAAGUAGUACAGUGAGAGUGAAGUUAGUAUUAACUAAAGAUGAGUUACAAUGGUUGCUACUUCAGUUAAAGAAAGAUCAAGGGAGGAAAUUAGAAGAUAUGUUGGGAGAGAUCGAAAAAAGUAGAAUAACAGGAGAAAGUGUUUCCAAGUGGAAGCCUUGUUUAGAGAGCAUCAUGGAAAGUCCUAAUAUUCAUCAUAACAUGGAUAGAUCACCAUGA